GAUUUUUCUCUCUGUGGUUGGUAUCGAAAAUAUAGCAGCCAGCCACCACAAUAGUAUCUCUUAUCACACAGUCUUACAUUACACACUUUCUCAGAAAACUCCUCCUAUUCUCAUUGAAUUUACGACCUCUACCCUCCUCUUCACAGCUCGAGUGACCUGAAAAUGACUGAGCCGGUGGCGUUCGACAACGACGAGGAGCGCUCGCUGUUGUCGGAGCCCAACAUUACUGUUGACCGGCCGUGGCGGUUGAACUUCGAUGGGUUUCAGGUAUCCACUGACCACCAGGACAAAAAGCCUCCUCGUGGACUCCAUGACUGCUGUCUUGGGGUUUUAGGUCCUGAAGAUAAUGUGGCUGAGUACUAUCAGCAGCAGGCAGAAAUGCUCGAGAGCUUUAAUGAAAUGGAUAAGUUAACAGAACAUGGUUCUCUUCCUAGGAUGUCAAAGGAAGAGAAGGACAAGUUGGCUAGAAGUGAAACGUUUGCUAUUAGGAUAUCAAAUAUUGCAAACAUGUUUCUCUUUGCGGCUAAAGUCUAUGCAUCUGUCCGAAGUGGUUCCUUAGCCAUCAUUGCAUCCACAUUGGACUCACUUCUUGAUCUUCUGUCUGGCUUCAUCCUGUGGUUUACAGCAUUCUCCAUGAAAACACCAAAUCCAUAUCAAUAUCCUAUUGGGAAGAGACGUAUGCAGCCAUUGGGGAUCCUUGUAUUUGCCUCUGUCAUGGCAACCCUUGGACUGCAGAUAAUCUUGGAGUCAAUACGCACACUGUUAUCUGAUGAGAGUGAUUUCUCAUUGACCAAAGAGCAAGAGGAAUGGGUUGUUGGUAUUAUGCUCUCUGUGACUUUGGUAAAACUCGGUCUGGUUCUUUAUUGCCGUUCUUUCACUAAUGAGAUUGUCAAAGCUUAUGCCCAGGACCACUUUUUUGAUGUUAUCACCAACGUUAUUGGACUCAUUGCUGCUCUCCUUGCUAAUUAUAUUGAUGAUUGGAUGGACCCUGUUGGAGCUAUCAUUCUGGCUGUGUAUACCAUCCGUACAUGGUCAAUGACAGUGUUGGAAAAUGUGAACUCCCUCGUGGGAAGAUCAGCUGCUCCAGAGUAUCUACAGAAACUGACAUACCUCUGUUGGAACCACGACAAGGCCAUAAAACAUAUCGAUACAGUCCGGGCAUACACCUUUGGCUCUCACUACUUUGUGGAGGUUGACAUAGUCUUGCCAGCAGACAUGCCCUUGCAAAAGGCUCACGACAUUGGGGAAUCCUUGCAGGAGAAGCUUGAGCACCUGCCUGAGAUCGAGCGUGCCUUUGUACAUCUCGAUUAUGAGUACUCGCACAAACCUGAGCAUGCUCAGUCACACCACUAGGAAUAAGAAGUAAAUCUAAUAUUAAAUCUGUUAAAAGUUUUGUUUCUUGCUCUUUUUUACACUCAGCUACAGGUUCUUGACUUCAAUCUGAAGCUGUAAGAAUCAUGUAGAAAAUUGAUUACAAGUGUACAUUCAGUGAAAUUGUCUAAUACUUUGGUGGAACAUUUGUUAGCUGGGGAGCUAACUUGCCCUGGGCAUCUGCUUAGGGCUAUUGGCCUUUUGCAACUUUAAAGGUAACCCAUUACCCAAGCCAA